GCUUCGAAGCGGGUGGAGCGGACGUCCAAAUACUUCCGCCAGUUGGGAAUCAUCGGAUUCUGGGGCCAGCUGGUCUGCUCUGUUGUCGCCUCCGUGAUUCUCACCUUCUCCAUUGUCAUCUCUGGUCGGCCUACAGCUCCAGUUUCCACGUAUCUCACGUCGGCUGGAAUCGUGGCCGCAUUUCUGUCUGUCUUCUGGUCAUUUGGGUACCUCAGGCUAGCCGAUCGGCUACGCAAUGCCAUUGAAAACCCCAUGAAGGCCCCUCCUCGCUCUUCAGUGGUGGCGAAUCUCAAGAAUGGCCUCAUUAUCAACUUGCUUGGCCUAGGAGCCACUCUCCUCGGCCUCCAGGCCACUGUUGGAGUGCUCGUUGCCAAAGCCCUUACUUCCUCCACUCCCAUCUAUGGUGCUGUUGGCCUUCCCACCGGCUACAACCCUGUUCUGGCCCUCGACGUCUUCCUUGUUCAG